GGGCACGCACAGCUGAUUGACAGCUGCUGAGCAUGAGGGAGCCCAGUCCUCCUGGUCGGUAGGAAGGAGCAAAGUGAAGGAGAUCCAGGAGGCAGCAGAAUGUUUCUCCUCCUUUCAAGCUGCUAGAAAGAAUCUCCGCUGAGCGUUAAAGUCAUGGCUGCCUCUGAACUUUACUCCAAGAAUGCCCACGUCUGGCUCCCAGAUGCAUCAGAAGUUUGGAAAUCUGCAGAGCUCCUCAGAGACUACAAUCCUGGUGACUCGACUCUGUCUUUGCAGCUGGAAGAUGGAACGGUUUUGGAGCACAGAAUAGACCCCAAAACCCCAAACCUACCCCCUCUCAGAAACCCCAACAUCCUGGUGGGAGAGAAUGACCUCACGGCUCUCAGCUACCUCCACGAGCCGGCCGUGCUGCACAACCUUAAAGUGCGCUUUAUCGACUCCAAGCUGAUUUACACCUACUGUGGAAUUGUUCUGGUUGCUAUCAACCCCUAUGAGAGCCUGCCUAUCUAUGAAGCUGACAUCAUCAACGCCUACAGCGGGCAAAAUAUGGGCGAUAUGGACCCCCAUAUCUUUGCAGUAGCUGAGGAAGCAUACAAACAAAUGGCCCGAGAUCAGCGGAAUCAGUCCAUCAUAGUAAGCGGCGAAUCUGGUGCAGGUAAAACGGUCUCUGCUAAAUACGCCAUGCGUUACUUCGCCACAGUCAGCAGCUCGUCAGGGGAGACCAACGUCGAGGAGAAGGUUCUGGCAUCCAGUCCGAUCAUGGAGGCCUUUGGGAAUGCUAAGACAACAAGGAAUGACAACAGCAGUCGCUUUGGGAAGUACAUUGAGAUCGGGUUCGACAAGGAUCUCUGCAUAAUCGGCGCUAAUAUGAGAACCUACUUACUAGAGAAGUCUAGAGUUGUCUUUCAGGCUUGUGGAGAAAGGAACUACCAUAUAUUUUAUCAGCUUUGUGCCUCUUCACAUCUGCCAGAGUUUAAAGCCUUCAAAUUAGGCUGUGCAGAGGAUUUCUGCUGCACUAACCAGGGUCAGAGUCCGGUCAUAGAUGGAGUGGACGAUGCCAGAGAAAUGUGCAGCACCAGGAGGGCGUUCUCACUACUAGGGAUCGAUGAAAAUGAUCAACUGGACAUUUACCAAAUUCUGUCAGCUAUUCUCCAUCUUAGCAACGUGGAUGUGAAAGAGCAGUCAGCAGACAGAUGCAGCAUCCUGCCAGAUAACGCCCACCUGAUGGUUUUCUGUGAGCUCAUGGGGGUGCCCUGCGAUGAAAUGGCCCACUGGUUAUGCCACAAGAAACUCCAGACCACCACAGAAACCUUUGUGAAGCCUGUUUCCAAAGUAAACGCGGUGCAUGGCAGGGACGCGCUGGCCAAACAUAUCUAUGCCAGACUCUUCACCUGGAUCGUGAGCAGCAUUAACGCCGCCCUGACCUCUACAGUCAAACAACGCUCGUUCAUUGGAGUGCUCGACAUCUACGGGUUUGAAACGUUUGAUGUCAACAGCUUUGAGCAGUUCUGCAUCAACUACGCCAACGAGAAGCUCCAGCAACAGUUCAACCUGCAUGUCUUUAAGCUGGAGCAAGAGGAGUACAUGAAGGAGGAGAUUCCCUGGACUUUGAUUGAUUUCCAUGACAACCAGCCGUGCAUUAAUCUCAUUGAGGCCAAGCUUGGUGUUCUGGACCUUCUGGACGAGGAGUGCAAAAUGCCCAAAGGCUCUGACGACACAUGGGCUCAGAAACUGUACAACACCCACUUGAAGCAGAGCGCUUACUUUGAUAAACCCCGGUUAUCAAACAAAGCUUUCAUCAUCCACCACUUUGCUGACAAGGUGGAGUACCACUGUGUUGGAUUUCUGGAGAAAAAUAAGGACACAGUCAACGAGGAACAGAUAAAUGUGCUGAAGAAGAGCAAGUUUGACCUGCUGCUGAAGCUGUUUGAGGAUGAAGAAAAGAAUAAAGCAUCGACUAACAAGUUAUCCAGUUCUGGAAGAGCUGGCAAGGCUCAGAGGGACACCAAGAAAACUGUUGGACUGCAGUUUCGACAGUCUCUACACUUACUAAUGGACACAUUAAAUGCAACAACGCCCCAUUAUGUGCGCUGCAUCAAACCAAAUGACAUUAAAGCUCCUUUCACUUUGGACCCUUUGAGGGCUGUGCAGCAGCUCCGAGCGUGUGGCGUCCUGGAAACGAUCCGUAUCUCUGCAGCAGGAUUCCCUUCUAGGUGGACCUACCAGGAAUUCUUCGGCCGUUAUCGGAUCCUCAUGAAGCAAAAGGAAGUGCUGCCAGACAGAAAACAAAGCUGCAAAAACCUCCUGGAAAAACUCAUCCAGGACCAACAGAAGUACCAGUUUGGCAAAAACAAGAUCUUCUUCAGGGCUGGCCAGGUGGCUUACUUGGAGAAGUUACGUUCUGACAAACUGCGUUCGGCUUGCGUCGGCAUCCAGAAGACGAUCCGCUGCUGGGUCGCUCGCAGAAAGUAUCUGAGGAUGAGAGAGUCCACCAUCAUCAUUCAGAAGCAUGUACGGGCCCACCAAGCACGCAGUUAUGUGCAGUUUCUGCGGAAGACCAAAGCAGCUAUUGUUAUUCAGAGCAAUGUGCGAAUGUGGUCUAAAAAGAGACGUUUUCUGCAGCAGCGCUCUGCAGCUGUCACCAUUCAGCGGGUUUGGAGGGGUCGCGUGGCGAGAAAGCAGUACUUCAAGCUGCUGUUUGAGAGCAAAGCAUUGGUAAUUCAGAAGACGGUUAGAGGCUGGUUGGCGAAGCAGCGUUUCCGGCGCGCCAUGGAGGCCGUGGUCCUGCUGCAGAGCUGCGUGCGCCGCAUGAGGGCCAAGAAGGAGUUAAAGAAGCUGAGAGUCGAGGCGCGCUCAGUGGAGCAUUUCAAAAAGCUCAACGUUGGCAUGGAGAACAAGAUCAUGCAGCUGCAGCACAAGAUCAACGAGCAGCAUAAAGAAAACAGAGAGCUCACAGAGAAGCUCAGCGUUCUGGAGAAGACCAACUCCACCGAGAGAGAAAAACAGAGCAGAGAGAUAGAAAACCUGCGUAAAUCUGAGCAAGAGGCCAGAGGUAAGGCAGAGACGGUUCCCUCGCUGCUGGAACAGCUGUCCUUCCUUCAGGAGGAGCUGGAAAAUACCCGCAGAGAGAAGGAGGAGCUGGAGGUCCACACAAAGACUUUUAAAGAAGAGACCCGACAGACGAUCCAUGAGCUGAAUAUGAAGAACAGCUUGUUAAAUAGCAACAUAGAAGAACUAAACCAGGAAUUCUCCAUACAGGCUCAGCAGUUAACAGAAAUUAAAAAGACCUUGGAGAACAGCAAGCAGCUGGAGAAGGACUUGACAGAAGAGCGCUGUCGCUACCAAAGUCUGCUGAGUGAACAUCUGCAACUGGAGGAACAACACAAGGAUCUCAAGGAGGAGAUGAGCGUCAGUGUGAUUUCUAGCAAAUUCAGCCACCAGAGAACGGACUCCAACUACAGCAGUAAUUCAUCAGAGUUUUCUCAAAUCUUGAGUUCCACUGAGGAUGAAGAGGGCUUCACUCAAGCAGAGGAUCCGUCUGAGAAGAAAGUGGACCUGCCCAUUCUUCUAAAGCUCCAGAGACGAGUGAAGGAGCUGGAGGAGGAAAAUCGGUCUUUAUGGCAUCAGCUGGAUAAAAAAGAAGAGGCUCAGCAGGAAAAAGCUAAAGAGGUGGAGAAGCAGACAACUGUUGGCAGAACAGAACUGGACGUAGAAAAAAUAAAGCGGCAAGAGCUGGAGUCAGAGAACAAGAGGCUGAAGCAGGAUCUCAGUGAGUUACGGAAGUCUCUGACUAAUGAGAACAGUGAUUUGGCGCCCCCUGCUGCGGGUUCUUUGCCCUACAACAUUCUGCUGGAUCAACUCAGUUCUUCCAACGAGGAGCUGGAGAUGCGUAAGGAGGAGGUGUUGCUCCUCCGUUCACAUAUGGUUCGUCAGGAAGCUCUUAAACACAGGGACUCUGUACUCGGAGAAAGUGUGAAACUGGAUCUCAGUGAAAUCCACUCAUUCCAAGAUUCUGACAGGUCCACUAAUAUUCAUACACUGAAUGAAGAUGGGGAGCUGUGGCUCGCUUAUGAAGGUUUAAAAGAGACAAACAGGCUCCUGGAAGCCCAGAUGCAGGAGCAGGAGUGUCUUCACAGUAAGAAGUACAGCAAGCUGGUUGAGGAGAUGAACAAGCUGAAGGCAGAAAAGGAGCAGCAACAGAAGCUGCUGGCUCAGAGCCUCCUUUUGCCUGAAGAUGCCCGAGUGGAGGCAAGCCUGAAGCACGAGAUAACGCGCCUUACGGCCGAGAAUCUGGAACGAAUGGAGGAACAAGAAAAACAAGACAAAACGAUUCGCAAGCUGAAAAAACAGCUUAAACUCUACAUGAAAAAAGUGGAAGAUCUGGAAGCAGUUGCUCAUCAGAUGAACACCUCCUCUGUGACGAGCACCCCUGUCACACAGGUGCACAUCACCCGCAAGGAGAAGGAGUUCCAGGGCAUGUUGGAGUUCAAGGAGGCCGACGCGGGACGCCUGUUAAAGAACCUGGUCUUAGACCUGAAGCCCCGUGGCGUGGCCGUCAGCUUCACUCCAGGGCUUCCUGCCUUCAUCAUCUUCAUGUGCGUUCGCUAUGCGGACAACGUCAACGACGACAGGAGACUCAGCACUCUCCUCAACUCCACCAUCAGCAGCAUCAAAGGAGUCAUCAAGAGAAAAGGAAACGAUUUUGAAGUUGUCUGCUUCUGGUUGGCCAACGCGUGUCGGUUAAUGCACUGUCUGAAGCAGUACAGUGGGGAGGAGGCGUUUACGGUGCACAACACUGCUAAGCAGAACAAGCAAUGCCUGGCCAACUUUGAGCUGUGUGAGUACCAUCAGCUGUUUGGUGACCUGGCCAUCCAAAUUUACCGUCAGCUCAUCAAAAGCAUGGAGAACAUCCUGCUCCCCCUGAUAGUAUCGUGCAUGCUGGAGCACGAGAACGUACAAGGAGUUUUAGGCUCCAAACCAACAGGCCUGAGAAAGAGGAGCUCCAGUUUCCCUGAGGAUGCCGUGACUGUGGAAGUCCUGCUGCAGCGUCUCAGCUUCUUCCACACCACCAUGAGUCAACACGGGAUGGACUCCGACGUCAUCAAACAGGUGGUCAGACAGCAGUUUUACAUCAUCUGCGCCGUGACCCUUAACAAUCUGCUGCUGAGGAAGGACAUGUGUUCAUGGGGUAAAGGCCUACAGAUCAGGUACAACAUUUGGCAGCUUGAGGAGUGGCUGGCAGAGAGGGAGCUGACUGACUGCGGUGCAAAGGAAACUCUGGAGCCUCUUGUUCAAGCUGCACAGCUUUUACAAAUCAAGAAGAGCACUGAAGCUGAUGCCCAGGCAAUCUGCAGCAUGUGCUCCUCCCUCACCUCAGCACAGAUUGUUAAAAUCCUUACCUUGUACACCCCGGUGAUUGAGUUUGAAGAAAGAGUGUCCAACUCCUUCAUCACCACUAUUAAAAACAUUUUGAAAGUCAGAGAUAAAUCUUCCAGCCUAAUGAUGGAUGCCAAGAAAAUCUUCUCUGUGACGUUCCCAUUCAGCCCUUCCCCUGUGCCUCUGGAGAGCAUUCAGAUCCCCACCAGCCUCAAUCUGGGCUUCCUCAUCCGAGUCUAGAUUCGACCUCUGCCACUUGCAUAACGUUUCUUAUCUCUGGUUUUGACGUGAAUAAAAAAACAAGAUGUAGAAGUGCCUGAUCUCGACCUACUGAAACAGAACAGCAGCUCUGUACCAGGAAACCAACCAGCUCAAAUCAACUGUUUCAUUAAAACAAACUGAUCAAAUAUUAGACCAGAA